UCAUUGUUUCCCACACUGACUCUGCCCUCCUCAGAUCGAGUUCACUAUCCAGCCAUGCAGUGGUUUCCAUGAGGACUGUCCAGAGAGAGAAACCAUUUAGCCACAGAGAUGCAACUUUUACACAUUGCACACACUGGCUGAACAUUUCUCCCUGCAGAAACAGCUUCUUUUGCCUUUUUUCUUCCGAUGGAUAAAGCCUGAGCCAGACGGGGAGAUGAAUAGAGAGUGUGCCGUCUAAUUGGGAUGAGAGUUCAAGUCAAGUGAGCAGGCAGAUUGGACGUGAAAUCCUCUUAACGUCGGCGGUGACAGGAAUAUAGAGCAAUAGGAGUGUGUUGGCACAAAGAGUGUGAAUCCAGAAAUCCAGAGAGAAGUUGAUGAGGUGUGCGCAUAUUUGGGGCUGGUGGGUUUGUUAAGGCGCAGAGCGGGUUCCAAUGUUCUAGACGGGAUGAGGUUGCCUUGAGUUUGAGGGUUUGAGUCCAAGAGGAGACCUGCGCGCAAAGAAGAGGAGGAGUAGGAGAAAGGGAGGAGAGGUAGCAGGGGAGGUUGCCAUCACCGCUGGAGCGCAGAGCGCGGUUCCAGAUAUCCAUGACCGCAGGGAUGGAGAGCACAAAAGCGCACAAGAUAACACUGAUGGACCCUGGGAAUGGGGGCGAAAGGAUCAGAAGGACGCACCUUCACCUGCAGCGGACUGUGGUUCUUCUCGCUGUCCUGACGGUGCAACCUCAGGCCGUGUGCUCUGCUGGGAUGUUCGAACUUCAAAUCCGUCACUUCCACAACCCACACGGAUUCCUGCAAACCGGAAACUGCUGCGACCUGCAGGCCAGCGGGGGACAGCACUGCUCUGCCCGGGACCAGUGUGACACCUUUUUCUACGCCUGCCUAAAGGAGUAUCAGGCUCGAGUGGUCGCCACAGGAGCCUGCACCUUUGGGUCAGGCACUACGGGUGUUCUGGGUGGAAACUCCCAUUCGCCCCGUCACCGAGGACACGAUGCAGGAGGAGGAGGCGGGGGAGGAAGAGAGGAUGGGACUCACGGACACAUUUCCAUUCCCUUCAAAUAUGCCUGGCCUGUAAGUACUGGGGGAAGUGCUUGUUACCAGUAUGGUUACCAAGGGAACAGGAAAUCGUUUUCUCUGGUGUUGGAGGCUCUGGACCACGACAACGACACCACAGAACCAGGUCAGCUGAUUGAGCGAGUCCUCCUCUCCUCCAUGCUGAAUCCUGGUGAACAGUGGCAGACAUACCGUCAUCAUGGACAGAUCCUUAGCCUGGAGUAUUGGCUUCGCUUCCGCUGUGACUCUAAUUACUACGGGCCUUUCUGCAACAAGUUCUGCCGAGCCAGAGAUGACUUCUUUGGCCACUUCAGCUGUGACCCCAGUGGCACCAAGGUCUGCAUGGAAGGCUGGACAGGACCAGAGUGCAAAGAGGCGGUGUGCAGGCAGGGAUGCCAUCAGAACCACGGUUUUUGUACUGUGCCUGGAGAAUGCAAGUGUCAUUACGGCUGGAAAGGUCCUCUGUGUGAUCAGUGUGUGACGUUUCCAGGCUGUGUGUACGGGAGCUGCACCGAGCCCUGGCAAUGUGUGUGUGACGUCAACUGGGGAGGCCUUCUGUGUGACAAAGAUCUGAACUACUGUGGCACACACCAGCCCUGCAAAAACGGUGGGACCUGCACCAACACAGAGCCAAACGAGUAUAAGUGUGAUUGCCAGGAGGGUUUCAAAGGGCGCAACUGUGACAUUGUGGAACAUGCAUGUCUGUCAUCUCCAUGUAUGAAUGGCGCCACCUGUGUUGAAGACCCGAACAGUUUCAGCUGCAUCUGUGCAGAAGGCUGGACCGGGAACACCUGUGCAGAUGCUGUGAAGCAAUGCGAUCGCAACCCCUGCGGCCGUGGAGCAACGUGUCAGGAGGCUCCUGGAGGUUUCCGGUGUCUCUGUCCAUUGGGAUGGACUGGCAGGACGUGCCAGCUGGAUGCCAAUGAAUGUGAAAUGGGUACAUGUGUCCACGCCCGCUCAUGUCAUAACCUGAUCGGCAGUUACCUGUGUGACUGCCUUCCUGGUUGGACGGGGCCUAACUGUGACAUCAGGAACAGCAGCUGUCAGGGUUUAUGUUUGAAUGGCGGCCAUUGUGAGGACCAGUUGUCAGGGUCAAGAUGUGUGUGUCCCACUGGUUUCACUGGUAAACAUUGCCAAAAUGGAUUGGAUCCAUGUGACACCAACCCAUGUCUGCAUGAUGGGCAGUGUGUGAUGAAGGAUGGAAAGUCGGCCACCUGUGAUUGCCCUGUGGGGUAUUCAGGACUCUUCUGUGAGAUAGAAAAUGAUCCUUGCAGCCCUAACCCCUGCCAGCAGGGGGUGCAGUGUCAAAGCUCAGAGGGAAGACCUGUGUGUACAUGUCCUGAUGGUUAUUAUGGCAACGAGUGUGUGAGCCUCAGAAAGCCAUGCAUUGGACAGGACUGUCAAGGUGCUAUGUCCGACACAGCACACAGUGGUCUCAGCAUCUACAUGAUCCUGCUGGGAAUCCUGGCUCUGGUGACAAUAUGUUGCUGCAUCGUCUGCACAGUAGUCCUCUCUCGCCUGCAUCGGAAAAGGACAAAGCAGCAGUCUGUCCCGCAGGAAGAAAGCAUUAACAACCAGAGAGAAUUCGUGAACCUGAUCAGAAAUGUGGAGCGCCCCCCCGGGCCCAACCUCUCUCCUGCUUCAACUCAACCUCACCCCCCAGCUCCCGUCUCACGUUGCUACGAGGAGAUUGAACUCACCAUUCCGCCUUCUCCAGCACCUUCACACCCUUCCCCAGCUUUAAAACCAGCUCAUGCCCCCAAAAUGGACAUUUCAAACAGAGAAAGAGAGAAGCUGAAUCGUUUUCACUGCACAGACAAUCAGGAGCUGGAGGUUUGACCAUAUCCUGGACUUCUGUUUUCAGUUUGUAGCACUUUUUUUGUUGACAGGACUGCUGUCCCAUUAUUUACAAUGAUUCCAACAUGGCAGUUAUGGAGACUGGGAAGAUGUUUGACCUUUAUAAACUAAAAUGGCUCUCAGAUGAUUCUUGAAGAAAGAAAUGCUGCUAAAUGAAGGAUCAGAAAUCUUUCUCACAAAAACAUCUUUGGGCAUCAUUUGGUGGCAAAAAAAAAAGUUGUGAAGGUUGACUGAAAUCUGAACAUUUAAAGAUCCACCUUUGAGUGCCUGCAUUACAGCCAGGAGAGCCCCUUAUCGUGCUCUAAUUCACCAUCUGACAGGUGUGCAGAACAUCAUUUAGCUUCUGAAUCAAUCCCUGUUUAGCACUUGCGAUAUUUGUGUUGAUGAGUGUUUGUGAGAGCGCCUGCGAGUGAAUGACAGAGCGUAAAUUAUGAGUGUGUGUGAGGAGAAAAAAAGGGCAGAAACAUACUUAAACAAAAUAAAACAAAGAUGAUCUACUUGUGAAAAGGGAGUGUAUGCCUCCGAAGAAAAGGCUUUAAAGCCACGUUUUUUUAAACCACACUGUUGCCUGUUUUGUUUCUGUAAUACUGCAAGAUGUAUGAUUUUUUUCUACUCAUAUCUGUGUGUAAAAUAGCUUUUUUUUUGUACAUGGAUAUAUUGUACAUAUUGAUACCGUUUUUGUACUGUGGUUCAGUAUGGAGGUAUGACUGUAUUACUUCACUCUGUCCCAUUUUACUUUCCGUUCGGGAUGAUCAGCACAUGUGGAUUGCUAAUAAAAGUGCAUUUACCAGUUUUGCUUUUCAUCUUGUUAAGAGCUAGGGGUUUUCACUGUCUUUAUAAGAUGGGUAGCACUAGUGGGACAUUAAGAGGUCGAGGCAAGGAUAAAUCUUGACAGAACAAUCACAUAAAGUCAGCACUACCUCCAUCAUUUUCUUCAGCUUAUGGCCGGUCCUUUUAGAGGUCGUUACAGUAAGUAAUCUCUUUGUAUUCACUAUCUCUCCCAUCCUCUUCUUUGACUCCAACCCUCUGCAUAUCACUACAUACCUUCAUCUCUGUGAUCUUUCCCAUUUCCUUCCCGCUAGCAGCUAUAUAGUCAGCAUCCUUUAUGUUCUUCUAAACCAGGGAUCUGCAACCUGUGGCUCCUGGGACACAAGCGGCUCAUUGGACCCUCUACAGUGGGUCAUAAUAGUGGCUAACAAGGAUAAAGAACCAAUUCAUGUUUUUAAAUAUAUUAACAAAUACUAUUUUUGAAAGGAUAAGUUGUUUUUAUAAAGAACAUGUGGAUUUAAAGAACUGUACUGGUUAAAGAACUAGAAAAAUGUCAUUAGAUCUAUUUUUGUCAUAAGCUUGGAGACUAUGCUUUUAUUUUUG